GAGAGUAGCAGAAGUAAUCAGAUUACUGUGUCCCAGGGCCGUAUGUGGUGGUGCUUCGGCUGCUACUUCUGCCUCCCCGUCCUCUUCACCGUCCUCUGCCAGAUCGCCACGCGCAACGUCAACAGCGACUCCAGCUCGGCGCAGAAGCAGCGUAACCAUGACGACGCCCCCCCCAGCCCGCACCAGGUGGCGGAGCGGCAGCUGAACUGCACGCUGCUGGCGCUGGCCGUGGUCUACGCCGUGUGCACGCUGCCCGAACACGUGUGCAACAUCACGCUGGCCUACACGCACGUCAGCAUCUCCGAAGACACGGCGGCCAUGUUGGCUCUGCUGCAUCACUUCCUGUUGUUCUUCAAGUCCUCGGUGACGCCGGUGCUGCUGCUGUACCUGUGCAAGACUCUGGGCCAGGCCUUCAUGGACUGCUGCUGCUGCUGCUGUCAGGAGUGUCAGCCAACCACGGCCCACGGCUCGCCAGGCUCCGCCCACGUCAAACUGAAGGCCGCCGAGACGUCCAUCUUCUUUGACAAGGCUAAAGACACGUCGGCCAUCUUGGCAAUCUCCAGCUAGACCCGCCAGUCCCUCUUAAACCACCAAUCCCUCCUCUUCCUCCUCUCCUCCUCUUCCUCCUCAAGACAUCAGCACUCCUCCUCUUCCUCCUCCUCUUCCUC